GGCGGAGCUAACCGACGGGUUCCGAGCAGCACCACGAUAACGCGGCGGAAAACCAGCAGGUUGAUAAGUUUGUUGUGGUUGAAGAGGAUGACUACACUACUGGAUAUUCUGAAGGAUGAUGAUCUCCACCAGGACUCACUCUUUUAGCUCUCUGCCUUACUCUCUCCCAAUGUGUGCUUUAAUGCAUCUCAGCUUUAAGUCAUAAAUGUCCUGUACUCACAAUCUGAAAAAGAUCUGACUCGCUCAUGUUGGUUUGGUUGGACUGUCACAUUUGCUGCCAUGAAAAGGCCGAAGCAGCAGUCGCAGGCCUUUAGCUUCCUCAGUUUCUUUACCCGCAAACCGAAAUCAGACCCGAAGAGUGAGAAACCCACAGCUGCCUUGAAUCGAGAUGAAGUGGUGAUUACGCUGACACCCAACGAGCACGAGCAUGCACAGAACGAGCCACCUCACAGUGAAAGAGAUGGAGGUGGUGAGGCCACUGAAACAGGCUCCGUUAAGGCUGAAGUUACUGAGGUCGAGCAGUCUGCGGAGCGUGCGAGUAGCGGCUCCACUGGAGUCGUGUCGCUUUCCUCCUCUAGCCAAGAGCAGCUCCUCGAGCACUUGGUGGAGUGUCCGCUGUGCCUGCUGAGCCAGCCACGUGCCCACUUCCCCCGUCUGUCCUCAUGCCCACACCGUGCGUGCACUGACUGUUUGCGUCAUUACCUGCGCAUCGAGAUCUCAGAGAGCCGUGUGGGUAUCGCCUGCCCACAGUGUCCUGAAGCGCUAGCGCCACUGGAUGUACGUGCAAUCCUAGAUGACAGUGCAUUGCUUGAACGUUUUGAGGAGUACCAACUCCGCCGUUUCCUGGCUGCCGACCCGGACACGCGCUGGUGCCCAGCUCCGGACUGCAGUUACGCAGUGAUAGCUUAUGGCUGUGCCGAGUGCCCAAAGUUGAGCUGUGGCCGCGAGGGCUGUGACACAGAGUUCUGCUACCACUGUCGUCAGCUUUGGCAUCCAGACCAGACGUGCGAUCAAGCCAGACGACAGCGUGCCCGCCACACAUUGGGCAGCAGCGAUGCCUCAGCACUCUACGUUUUCAGUGAGGAGCCUGGUGGAGAAGCAGAGGAGAUAAAAGCUUGUCCACGCUGUGGUGCCUAUAUCAUGAAGACCAACGAUGGCAGCUGCAACCGAAUGAACUGCACAGUUUGUGCUUGUCAGUUCUGCUGGCUGUGUAUGCAGGAGAUCACAGAUGUCCACUACCUCAGUCCCUCAGGCUGCACUUUCUGGGGAAAGAAGCCGUGGUCCCAGACAAGAAAGGUCCUGUGGCAGGUGGGAAUGCUGCUUGGGGCUCCAGUAGUGAUCUCACUGAUUGCAGGCAUCGCCAUACCUGUCAUUAUCGUAGGCAUCCCGAUAUACAUGGGCCGCAGGGUCCAUGGUCGCUGUAAGAAAAACAAUAUCUCAGGAAGUAAACACUACUUGACAGUAGCCAGCGGGGUCAUGACAUCAGUGUUCGUCUCUCCAGUCUUAGCAGCCGUCACCGUGGCGGUUGGAGUGCCUCUGAUGCUGACGUACGUUUAUGGCGUCGUCCCCAUGUCCCUCUGUCGUAAUGGCUGGUGCAAGCCUCAAAAUGAAGCCGGUGAAACAAGGAAGAUCCAGUUGGAGGACCUGGCCACUUAUCUUAUGUUUUCUCAUGUAGUCAGUGAUCACUGGACCGGGCAGCCCAAGCCAACGCUGAACGCUAGCGGUCUCCAGGAAGUGAGUGUGGAAGAAGCAGCAGUAGUGUUACCCAGUACCAGUGCUGUCCUCUCACAGCCUGAGGGAUCCCCUGAUCCACCUGAUGUUGUACAGGUGAUAAACAUCAACCAAGACAACAAAUCAGAUGAUGUGGAUGCUAUUGAGGAAUGCGUCUUUAGCAGCGCACAGACUUUUGCUUUGAGGGAGGGGACCAACAUUGAGGUGCGGGUAGAGAUUGAGGCUCAGCCACGUGGUGGACGUCAGCCCAGUCUCAGCAGCGUCCUCUCUAGCCGGAGCCUGUCAGCCGAGUCCCUCCAUCAAUCACACGAUCCUCUCAGUGUCUCCCAAAGGCCAGAAGACCUCCAGCCAGUUACGCAGACAGACAAUGUCUGACCUUCUGCCGCAUUCACCACCCACUGUACCUCCGACCAGCUGCUUCUAGCCUCUGUCUGUUCACACAGAGACAGAGAAAUGGAGAGCAAUGGAGCGAGAGAGGAUGAGAAAGGGAGAGAGAGAGAGCAAGAUAGAAAGGAAUCAGUAUCAUGAGACAGGGCAUGGGGAUAAAAUGUCCAGGGCCGCUGCCAAUAUACCACUAUGAUGACUAAUGAUGAUAAUAUGAACUAAAAUGACCGAAAGCAUGUUCGCAAGCCAGUCUUGUGGUCGUUAGCCUUUUUUUUUUUCACUGUGGUACUAUGAAAAGAAAAAAUUGGCUAUCCAGAUGGUAUUUAAUUUUAUUUAUUUGUUCAGCCCUUCUUAUAGCUGCAGUAUACUUUUUUAUUAAGUGGCUGUAUUAUUUCAUUUCUUAAAAUAUAACAAUAAAUUCCAGAACCACAGCAUGCUUUUCUGUGAAGCAGUGAGUUUUCUAGUUUGACAUACAGCUUUUACACAAUAUUAUGGACACUAUUGCUUCCUUGCCUGGAGAGUACACUACUACUGGCAACUGUGCGGCAGGGUAUCUUGUCAUUUCCAUGUGACGUUUAUUCAUUUAAAUUAUACAAGUUUUAACAGAAUACCAAGUACUGUUCUAUUUAAGUUGCAGUGGAAAAUAACGGGACUACUACUGCUACUACUAAUCUCUUAAAAGUUCCCUGUAUGUAGCAACUAAUUAAACUUAAGCUUUGUUAAUGCAGUUGUAAGGAAGGUGUCUUGGCCAAAAAAAACUAUUCUCCAUAACUGUAUUGCAUCCAGUGUGUAAGACGACAAAUUGUUCACUGAAAUUCAUUGGAACUUUUAUACAAUCUUUGAAAGGCCAGUGUGUCCUAUUUCUUUAACGAUCGAGCCAAUCAACUGUGUUCAGCAUAGAUAAUACAAAUAGAUGAGCACUUUUCCGGACUUAAGAUAGUAAUGAAAGAGGUAUUAUGUUUGUCCAGUUCUUGUAUACAGAAGAAAUCCAGGAAAUUAUAAGGAAUAUGCUCAAUCACAUGUACUGCAUAAAGAGACAUGAAGGUACAGGAACGCAGCUUGCAGAAACCACCUAGAUUUGCUUGUCUUCGAGUCAGCAGUAAGCACCAAAGCGAAAUCACACAUCAGCAUGUCACCUGAGGCCUCUUCGUUCCCAAGAAAAAAACUGAUUGGUAAAUAGGAAGCCAGUAUAUCUCACAUGUUCGAUGAAGAUUACAUUGUGUGGGUGAAUAUACCCACUGAUCCAAAGUUAACUAAAUGUAUGUGCAAUGUAGAUUUGAAAAACUGAAAUGGUUUAUGAAUAAACAGAUCGAAUUAA